UGGUCGUCUCGCAACUCGCACCAUGCCGGCAGCCAAAGGGCUGGACUUGUCGCAUUUGCCGCCGGCGCAGCAAAAGGCCAUUGCCGAGCUCGGCAUCAGUUUGCAGGAUGAGCAACUCCUAUGGAUCGCGGAGCAUGCCAUGCACGUUGAGCUGCCUCCUGACUGGGUGGAGUUCGAGGAUGAUGACGGUAAUCAGGCGUACUACCAUGCCAAGACCAAGCGCCUCACCACUGAGCACCCCGUGAUCUUCAAGUACAAACAGUUCGUGGACAAGGUCCGGAAGUUCCAAGAGCGCAUGGGAACCAUCGGCCGCAAGGUGAAGCCACACUUGGCGGUGAUCAUGAACGAAGUCCUGAACCGCAUCUACCGAGAGCUGCCACCGGUGACGCCGGAGAUCAUUGAGCGCUUGGCGGUGCUCAUGUACAUCAACACCACCACGGAGCACGACACCACGCGGCGCCUGAAGAUCGCCAUCGAGUCCUACGCUGAGGACCAGUACGACAUUGCCCUCCAAGCGCAGCAGAAGGCGGACAUGGACACCUUCCUGCACGAGGUGAGGAACGAGCAGAUCCGGCUGGAGGUGCUGAAUAAGCCGGAUGCGGUGAUCAUGUGCACUGAGAUUGAGGGCCAGCCUGCGCGAGUGAAGUGCGAGCAGUGCAAAGACUUCUUCUCGCUGGAGGGCUUUGCCGCCACCCACGCCACGGGGAAGCGGAAAAACCACACCACGGUGAAGUGCGAGCAGACCACCUGCUCGGUCUACCCGGACCAGCUGGCGACCUGUGAAGUGGACAACACGCUCUUCUGCGAUCAAGCCUAUGAGGAGGUGGCCCAACGUCAGCCCCACAUCCGGCAGAAGAGGAAGAAGGUCCUGGGCGGACUCUCCUGCUCGGAGUACCCAGCCACCGUGGCGGAGGUCCUGUGCGAAGACUGCUCGGACCUCUACUGCUGGGAGGCCUUCAUUGAGCUCCACCGGCGAGGCAACCGCCUGCGCCACGUGCCUUUGCGCCUCGACGCGGAGGGCCAGCUGUACCGCGCCGGCGAGCUGCUGCCUCCAGAGGAGUGCGCGCGGCUCAUCGACCGUGCGCGCCUGGCGCGGGAGGGCGGGCCAUGGCUCGCCUUCCAGGACGAUCAGCUGAACACCUAUUGGUACCAUCUCAGCGACAAGAUUACCACUCAGCAGAAUCCGUACCUCUGAUGCAUGCGGCUCUGAGACCUGGAGCGGUGAACCGCGAGUGCGUGUCUUGUCACUGGCAUGUCACUUUCUGUCUUCCA